CCCUCGGUCAUGUACAAGUUGUACCAGAGUGAGCUUGACGCGAUCACGCCUGAGCAGGUGAUAUGGGAGCCGUAUGGAACAGGAGAUAGUUUUGGUGACCCUUUAGAGUUCAGGCUGAAUCCGAUGUGCACUAGGGAUAGGGAUCUCUGGCGUAUGCGGUGCCCACUCAUAUGCAACUGGGCGGUUGAGCUUCACCUCCCACAUCGAGUGCGCCGUCAGUUUGGUUUGUUCCAGGCACAUCCGCCGGAGUGGGAGGACACGGACAAGUUGCUACACGCGUUGGAUAGGAAAAGGCAGCGGAAGAUUAAGGAUUGGGCCAAGCAUCACAGAAAGUAUGUCGUACAGUUUGCGCUUAGUGUGGAGCAAGCUAGGGCUGGAAAAGGAGUCCAGCUUCGUGAGCACUCCCUGUAG